CCCCCCUAUCCAAGAGUCUUAUGGUGAUCUUAAGUACACUGGCCUUUGUUUUAACUGUACCUCUUCAGCAAUACCAACAGUACUUCAUCUAUAACCUACAAGCAAUAAAACAAGAUCAACAGGCAUGGAGAGUCAUCUCUGCUAGGAUUAUUUACCUCGACCUAAAAGACUUAUUCUGCAGUUGCCUUCUAAUAUACAAUUUUAGAAUAUUUGAAAGAAGAUAUGGUAGCCGAAAAUUUGCAUCUUUCCUCCUGGGUUCCUGGGUGCUGUCUGCAGUUAUGGACUUAGUGUUAGUGGAAGCCCUGCACCAUACACUUGACAUGUCUGUGAACAUCUUGCCAUCUGGUUUGUAAGUUAAUACUAAUUUGUUGUUUUAUUUUGUUCCAUGGAAAUUACAAGCUACUUCUGCGUUCUUUUCACCUGAUUCCCACUUCCCUAGUCUACUUCAAGAUCUAAGCAAGUAAUCUCACCUGACACAAGUGUAAUAAACAUGGGGUCCAGAAUUAGAGGGGCAAAAUCUAACAAAAUAAGGCCAGGUGAGAAGAUGAGGAGCAAUUUUGAAAGUUUAGAAUUCUCUAUUACAGAGAGUUUAUGGGUGCGCAGUUGCUAAGUAUUUUUAAGCCCGAGAUUGAUACAUUUUGGGAGUCAAGGGAGCUGGGGGAUAAUGGUGGAGAAGGCUCAAGUAAUAAACACUAGGCCAGCUCCUAUCUCUUGUGUUGUUGUGAGUGUUGUAUUGCUGGGUUUUAGAUGAGAUUUUAAAGAAAGAUUUGCAUUUAUAUAGCAUCUUUUGCUACCUUAAGAUGUUCCAAAGUUCUUUACAACCUUGUGAAAUGUAGUCACUGUUGUAAUGUAAAAAAUGCAACAGUGAAUUAGCCCACAACAGCAGCAAGUUAAUGGGAAGAUAGUGUGUUUUAGUGACGAUGCUGGCUGAGAAAUCCAGUCAGGAUUUCCAUUGCUCUUCUUUACAAUGUCCAUGGGAUUCUUUUAUAUCCAUGUGUAGGGUCAAACAGGGUCACAACUGAAUCUCUCAACACCCAACAGUGCUCAGUACUGCAUUGGGAUUGCCAGUUCAGAAUUUUGUGUUCAACUUUCUGGAGUGGUACUUGAAACUUCAGGUACAAGUGCUACCCAUUGAACUACUGCUGAUUCUUCAAGUGUUAAGCCAAGGCUUGUACAGGUGAACAUAGAAUCAUAGAAUCCCUACAGUGUGGAAACAGGCCCUUCGGCCCAACAAGUCCACACCUACCCGCAGAACAUCCCACCCAGACCCAUCCCCCUAUCACACACCUAAUCUACACAUCCUUGAACACUACAGGCAGUUUAGCAUUGUCAAUCCACCUAACCUGCACAUCAUUGGACUGUGGGAGGAAACUGGAGCACAAGGAGGAAACCUAUGCAGACACGGGGAGCACGUGCAAACUCCACACAGAAACCCGGGUCCCUGGUUCUGUGAGGCAGCAGUGCUAACCACUGGGCCACCGUGCCACCCAUUAAAGAGCUCAUCAUGAUUUUUGAUAAAAGGCAUACAGUUUUGGUCAUAUUUAACUUUAGAUGGAUAUUAGGGCCAAGGGCCUAUCAGUCUUGCAGAAUGAAUGUUAAAAGAUUCAAUGAGAUUAUUUCAAAGAAGUUCUCUCUGGUAUGCAAACCCAUAAUUUAUCCUUAACCAUCAUCACUAAAGCAGAUUAUCAGGUAAUUUAUUAUAUUGCUAUUUGUGUGGCCUUCCUAUUAUUUCUUCAUUAUCGUCUUUCCUGCUGGGUUCCUGGGUGCUGACUGCAGUUCUGGACUUAAUGUUAGUGGCAAAUGAGCUACCAUGUUUCCUAUACUAUACCAGUGACUGUUCUUCACAUAAACUUCUGUGACUACGGAGUACAUUAGGGCAUUGCAACUUUGUGAAAGGUGUUAUAUAAAUGCAGUCAUUCUUUAAAUGACUCUAGAAAUGAUGCUCCUUGAAUUUAUUAUAGCUCUGAAAUCUAUGACGUCGCUGAUGAUGGACACAUUGCAAAAUAUUGAUGCAUUUUUCUUUGUGUCCCAAAAUGGAGCUGAGAUAUAGGUAGGAUAUUGAGUAUCAUAGUAUAUUGAAUUAAGUUCUGCUUAUUUCAAAUUGUAAUAUUGUGCAAUUCACCUCCUUGCUGUAUAUAAUUUUUCAAUAAAUCACCUUUGUGAUGCAAAUUCUUAAAUGGAA